CAUCGUUAUUCAACCAAAUAAUGUUCUCCCAAUCUUUGUAUCCAGUGACACCGCAACACGAAUGAAAAUACUGAACAUAAUUCCACAUAACAUUCCAAUACAUAUCUAUGUUAUACCGCUUAAUUCCAUUUGUGAGGGUAGCUGCUAAACGAUUCUCCAUCUCAGUGACGAGACGUAAACUGAAUACAACCUUCACACUAUGAACUAUGCAUGUCCCAACAGCAAAGCAAAUCCAAAUUCUCAUCGAAAACAUUUUAAAUUGGUCGUAUGGGAGUUUAACACCACGCAGUAAAUAUAUCCCAGUCGCGUGGACAAACGCAUUGUGUAGAGCGAACAAUUGGAACAGAAAUAUAAUUAUGUUGAUUUCAAACGUAUCGACAAUAGAUGCUUCGGUUCUUAUGAGUAAUUUGAUAAAUUCUUCUAAUAUAAGUAUCGAUAUUUCAAACGAUAUUUGCACAAUAUGUAACACCAAUAAGACAGUAGUAAGACACAUCACGAAAUCAUAAAUAAUAAAUUGGCCACCUAGCAACGUUACGUGGCAACGACAAGGAGCAGCUCGAUGUUAUUUUUUCAAUCAAUUCAAACAAAUCUGAAACUACAGCAAGUGAUUACCUAUUCGCUUCAAAUAGAAUUCAUAAUGGCUGAUAAUAUUGGAGGAGAAAAUUUAGCUGAUAACGUCAGUGAACUUUCUAGCUUCUCAGACUCCAGUGAUGAAGGAAAAAGAAUCGAGGAAGUGAUUCCAAUAGCAGAAGAAGAAGCAGAUAAGCCGGCUUAUAGUGAUGAAGAUUUGGACACAUUAGUUGGAUUUAUGCGCAAUAUGAUCUUUCUCUUUGAUUACGAUUCAAAUGAUUUUAACGAUGAAGUAGCUGAAGUAAUUAAACUUUGGCUGAUUGAUGUCAAUUAUCCUCUACUUUUUAUAUAUUACGAUGGUCACCUUCUUGCUGCAUCACUCACUUUUCCAAAAUGUUCUUUCAAUGAUCUCAUGUACUUUAUGCGAGAACCAGAUCAGCUCUUCAAUGUGAUUGAAACUUUCCACGAUGACCUCAUGUUCGGAACACUGCAUAACGAUAUCGAAGGGUCAUUACUGGUUACACUAGAACAAGUAUACGGACCGCUAAUGCUGUCAAAUACCGAGUGGUCGGAAAAUGUGAAAGCUCACGUUCUAGUUGCAUAUAAUACAUUUAUGACGUUUCUAACUGAUAUUCAUCAUAAACUAUCUGGGUUUACUCUCCUGUAUGUUCCACGAGAAGGAUCUGAUAUGGAUGUCCAGGAAGUUGUGUUGAACCGUACAACCAUUAAGAGAUUGGAAGCAGUGGUUAUCGAGUGGACCAGCCAAAUUCGUUCUACAAUUAACGACACUCAGCAUUCUGUUCCAGAUGACCUUAUUUGCCCGUCAGAUGAAUACAACUUUUGGAUUUAUCGCCAUGAAGUUUUAUUUGCUAUACAAAGUCAAUUUAAAAAUGUCAACGUGCUACAUAUUCUGGAAAUUCUGGAUCUAGCACAAUCUCUAUACACCAAACCAUUAAGAGAUGUUUUGAAUGAUUUGAUGAUAGAAAUCGAAAUAGCAGAAGCAAAUAUACCGUUCAUUAAACUAUUGGUUGACCCUUGUUUUGCUAUUCGUACGUUGGAUAAUGAAGAUGAUCUGUGCUCACAACUCAUAUAUGUAAUGCACAUAAUUCGAUUUAUUGGAGAAGAUUCAUCCCACUUACGUCAAGAUGAGUGCAUCACAAAGCUAUUCCUGUACUUGAGUAACGAGAUUGUAUCAUGCUGUAUGCAGAGCAUUGAUGUUGACAAAAUUCUAUCCGGAUCACCUUCAUAUGGUAUAGAAGUAUGUAACAUAAAAAUAAAUUGCUGCGAGUCGUACAAAAUAAUAUAUGAGGAAAUGAUCGAGCACUUUCAGGACGUAUAUGCAUGGAGACUAGAUUACGCGGUUAUUUUCAAUAGAAUCGAUGCGUUUAUGCAAAGACUUUACGACAUGUUAGAAAUUUGUCAUGCAAUGACAAUAUUUGCCAAGCAUGGUGGUGGUAACUCAUAUAAAAAUUAUCGUUUCUCGUGUAACAAUGCCAAAAUGUACGAAAAUAAAUGUAAUCAAGUAGAGGCAAUCUUUGCAACUGGAAUUGAAAAAAUUCAAGCGGUAGCUGGCUCUAUUUUAGAUAUUAAUAACAAAGAAUGGUACACAUCAAUUGCAAAUUUCCGUGAAAUGCUAAAAAACUUGGACGAUAUAAUUGAGAACUUAUUGUCAAACGUUUUCUUGAUUGCGGAUAAUCUCGAAGAGAAAAUCAAUGUUCUUAUUACUAUUCUCAAUUUCUAUAAAAGGGAGAGUAUACGAGAGAGUUUUAUGCGGAAAAUAUCCGACAUUUGGAAUGCAUUCAAAGAAGAACUUACCAAUCUCUCCAAAACUGUUUCUUCCGGAAUAAAUAAUUAUCCAACCUUAUUUCCUAAGAAAUCGGGUCAGUUUGCUCUACUUAAAAUCAAGUUCGAGAGAAUUAAUCGUCUAAAGGAUCUCUUGGAACGGUGUCGUUUCUUUCCUCUUUACUCGGAAACAGACGAAAUUCUCACCCUAUUUGAAUCAUGCGAAAAGCAAGUGAAAGUGGCAUUAAAAUCGUAUAACGAUUUAUGGAUUAAAUCGGUGAGCGUUGAUCUUGGCUCAUGGUACCAUAGACAUUUAAUUUGCCGCAGUCAAAUACGUCCUGGAUUAUUGGAAUGCCAUAUUGAAAGACGCAUGCUCGAUAUAUUCGAAGAAGCAUAUUUUUUCAAAGUAUCGGGUGCCAUCGUACCAAGCGUGAUUGAUAUGGAAAGAAAUGAUAAUGUGAAAUUGACGUUUGAUAACGUCAUCCGGAUCAUACUGUACUUCAACAAUGUCAUAUCGUCGAUCUCUGACAAAGAGCGCUUGUUCUUCAAACCAAUGAUACAACAGACAGAAAGGAAACUAGAACCUCUAAAAAUUAAACUCACUUGGGAAGAAGAUCUUGGCGAGUAUAUUGAUACAUUUGUGACUAACGUGAAGGAUCUACUAGAUGUCAUUCAAGUAUAUAAAAAAGAAAACCUCACAAUUGCAACCUGGAUGGAAAAUAUAUACAAUAUUCUCUUAUUUAAACUGAACCAUGACAAGGCACAGCAAUUACCAGAUUUCAUAGGUGACAUAAAAAAUCAAAAAAGGGAAUCUAUUUCUGAGUUGGUUCGACUGUAUUCGGAGAUAAGCAAGCACAUAUUCUGCAUCUAUGAAACUUUAGGUUCAAACAUAAGAAAAAUGAGUGAAAGCUGGGCACAGUAUGUUCAUAAAAUUGAUCACCUCCUAAAAGCUGCUGUUUUCAAUUCCUCCCUUAAUACACUUGAGAAUAUUCUCAUGGCUCUUCAAAAAGAAGCAGCGCCGAUUUUAAGCAUUGAACUAAUACUCAACAAGUACGGAAUAACAUAUCAACCCUCAUUGGAAUCCAUCGAAACAGCCCUAAAACGAUUACCAAACGAAGUUACUUCAAUCAUCAAAAUCAUUCCAAGCAUGUGCCAGCGAUUUCAAAUAGAUUCUCAAUGCAAUUUUUACGAUGAUUUUCUUCAAGACAGUAAAUUUGAAACAAUUGAAAACGCAAUACAUUCAAAUAUUAAACAUACUGUGGAAGAACUUUGUGACUUUCGAGAGAAAUGGGGUGUAUUUCGUCCAUUUUGGAUUAUUAACCGAAAAGCGUUCAUUGAUAAAUUUAAGCUAUCAAGCAUGACUUCGGAAGCUUUCCAGAAAAACAAUGAAAAAUUUGAAGAACUUCUCAAUCAACUUGCUACACAGCGUGAUUCUACUGUUUGUAAAUGCGUGGAAGUUGAUGCGAUGAAGUUAAAGUUGGCUAUAACAAACCAUAUAAAUGAUUGGCAAAUCAAAUACAUCGAAUAUUUAAAAUGUGUAGCAUACGGACAAAUUAUAGAUUUCCAUCAAAUGCUCAAACAUAACAUGGAAGCACUGAGCGUCGAGCCAAAAGAAGUUGAAGAUCUAAAAACUCUUGAGAAAACAUAUCAGAGCUGCUUCGACAGUAUUCCGGCAUUGAAGGAGGAAAUUGGAACAAUAAUAAAAUAUUUCAAUGUCUUAGAAAAAUCUGUAUCGGAUUUACUACCAGAAGCGUACCAGUUGAGAUGUAACAUUCAUUCUAAUUGGCAGCAGUACACAGAUUUUUUGAGCAAAGUUAAAGAUCAAAUUGAAAAUUACCAAAAUCUGUUCAAAUUGUCGAUGGCUAAUGAUGUUGCGGAUUUGAAAGUAGAUGCAAUAGAAAUGCUCAAAAUGUUGGAUGAUCAAUUGCCCAUCAACAAGGAAAUCUUGCCAGAAGAGGCAUUUAUUACAAUUGACUUACUCAUAAAACGUUUGGAGUUCCUAGAGGCACAAGAAAGAAAUAUUGAAAAAAAAUUCAGAUUGCUUGGAAUUGAUUACCAUCCUCUAGACGUUAUAAUGGAAAUACGAUAUAAACUGGAAAGUAUGAAGCUUAUAUGGAAGUUUGUUGAACAAUGGAAUAUUAUCAAAAAACAAAUAAUUUUCCAAAAAUAUGAACCUAUGAAUGUCGAAGAAAUAUCAAAAAAUAUAUGUCUCGUCACAUGUGAACUACAACAACUUGAUAACAUAUUGAAAAAAGAAUUAACAUAUCCUAUUUUGCAAGCCACAAAAGCAGAAUUUGAAAACGUUCAUGUAACAUUCUCGAUAAUGGUUGAUAUGAAACGAUCACAUAUGCGAGAACGACAUUGGACGGAAAUUAUCCUGAUGACAAACUUGUAAGUUCUAUGUUCUGCUUCUUCCUCAGCUCCACAGUUAUAGAAUGAUUAAAAAAAAGGUAUUAGUAUUUUCCAUUGAAUGCGUUAAAAAACACUAGCCAUACAUGCUGGCUUUGUUUACAAAUGAACCAGAAACCUGUCCAAAGCCACAUUACGAGAUUAUCACAAAAAUAAACAAUAACAGUUUAUUCAGCCU